AAAAUACCAAAAUGUCUGUGAAAGAUGGAAGAUUGAGGCAAAUUGAGGCUUUGUAUGUAUUUGUCCCUUCUAUGUUGUUCCAGCCUCAGAACAUCAGUUCUUUCAAGGUCAAAAUGUCUAGUUGUGUCGUCUCCCGGCUUUUGGAGUAUUUUUGAAAAUACCAAAGUAUGGUGAACUUACUGAACUAGCCAAAUGCCAAAAGCAACUUCGGAGGUGAGCUAAAGUUUGGCCGGAGGAUUGAAUGGGUAGGUUAUGAAGCUUUUCGGGCCUCCAGUUAUGAAAGGUUCUCUCUGUUAAUGAGGACACUCAACAAUUGAUGUGGGUAGAAGCACUAAAACGGAAAAGGGCGAUACACAGACACCGCGUUCCCAACUUUCAACUUGGGCCAUCCCUUGCCAAGUGAUCCAGAGGUGCCGCUCGACUAAAAUUCUGUGAGACGCAUGGCUGCUAAUUUCAAGCAGCUAAAUUCGCAUGAAUUUUUGAAGUAGCGAUCUCUUCCUUGUUGUCUUUUUCGGAGCUAUAGAGAGGUCUCCCAGGUUUUUCGGAUUCCUCCUGACUCCCGAGGUGUCCGGAUAAUCGAGACAUGACCGUGUAUGGCACACAUAAAAGAAGACCAUGUGGCACACAAGUUUGUGCCACGAUUUGUUGCAAAACAAGAGGCAUUGUGAACAACAUACACCUUAUUUGCGGGGGAAAUCCAAUAAGAUUGUCUGCUUUUAUGAGACAAUUGAUGUUCCGAGGCUGGAACACAUAUAGAAAAGACAAUUACAUACGAAUUGUCAAUCAUUGUCUGCUUAGUUUUUCCAAUGAUAUUGCUCGACCAACGAGGACCACUCGUUGAACGAAUGACAGUAGAACUGCUGAGAGAAGAACACGUGUUCAUCCCCCUUUUGCACAAAACAAAAGAAAAAUCUCUGUCAUCGUCGAACAAGCGACAUGUCAUGCUAGCGAGGAGAUUUUACCAGUCUUACCACUUUUCACAGGAUUUCUACUUGAACCACCUGGUGGCGCUUCGUAAUAUGCCACGAAUAAUUAAAUAAAUAAACCAAGCAUGGCUGUGAGUGACCUGUCUAGUGGAAGUUGGGUAGCUUUAUACAAACACACUGAGAAAUCUCUUUAGCCAUGACAAUCAUUGAAAUAGAAUUGACCAUCAGCUACUCAAAUGUUAUCCACUAAACAAAUUGCUCAUUACUUUUUGGUGGGAAAGAGUACCUAAGAAAGUGGGUGCAUCCUCCUCUUACAUCUCGGAAACACUAUGUGUUGACACUAGGGAGUACUCAGAUGCGAGUAUCGUAUUUCUCUCUUCAGAAGGAAAAAAAGUCAGUACAUCGAGAACCUCUCACUGGCAUCCCUUCUUUCUUAACUGAGUACCCAUGCGGACACAGCUGAUGCUCCAACAGACACCUACUUGUCUCUUUGUCCCCCUUACCCUGCAUGGGACAAGGGCAGCAAACAGUUUACCCCCCAUGAAGGAAGAGGCAACAUCACGUACCAGCCCCUUGGAUUCACAACCUGAAGAAAUGCAGCCCUCCUCAGAGUUCAGUGGUCAGCUGGUGAGAGUAAAAUUAGAACCACCUGAUGCUACAUGUUUAUCAGAAGAGGGCCAGACACAGCUACAGCACUGCAGGGAGUCUUCAUCAGGAGGAGAAACACUUGGGAUGUGCGACACUAAAGAAGAACCUCGAGAGGACUCUUCAAAUGAACAGCCACUCGUAGAAGUGAAAACAGAGCCUUACAGUGUUGCACUCUUGGCAGAACGGGACCAGAUGGGACAACACAGCCGUGACUCAGCAUCAGAAGGAGCAACAGCUGGGAUAUGUCACAUUAAAGAAGAACCUCGAGAGGAAUCUUCAAAUGGACAUCCAAUAGCAGUUGUGAAAACAGAGCCUUACAAUGUUGCCAUCUUGACAGAGCAGGACCAGAUGGAACACAGCUGUUGCUCAGCAUCAGAGGGGACAAGAGAAAGCACUGCUAUGCUCUAUAUUAUGGGCCAGCCUAGAGGCACUUGUGAUCAAGCAUCUUCAAGUUGCAUUUUCGCAUAUGUACAGCCGAAGAUCAACACAAUAAGAGUUAAACCGCUCUUUGACAACAUUGCACUCGUCACUAUGAACGGUCAGCCCGCGGAACGGCCUCCAGACCAGAGCCAGUCAAGUGGACCUGCAUGCACGAUGAAUGCCAACAAGAAAUGCCACACGUUUCCACAGUGUCACAAUGAGUCUGAAAAUUGUGCUGCUAUUCCUCCAUCCGAUGUUCAAAUGGGAGAGGGGGCUAUUGGGUGCAACAUCUGUACCUCUGCGUUCUCCCAGUCUGUGAGUCAAGAGAAUCACAUGUCUAGGUGUGCUGAUGAGAAGCCACGCAAACCCGAUCACUGUUCUGCACAGUUCAGCCAGAGCACCAGCCUGUGUCGUCACGGGAAAACGCACAUGGGCGAGGAUACACACACGUUCUACCUCUGUCCUGUAGUGUCCUUCCAGAGCAUGCAUGUGCAGCAGCACGAGACACACACCAGCGAGAAGCCAUACAAGUGCCAUCUCUGUCCUGCAGAGUUCAGUCAUAGCAACUCCCUGCGGCGACACAAGGAGACACACACGGGCAAGAAGGCACACAAGUGUGAUACAUGUCCUGCAGAGUUCAGUCGUUUUAACAGUCUACAGAAUCACAAGCGGACACAUACUGGGGAGAAGCCAUACAAGUGUGAUGUCUGCCCUGCAGAGUUCAGCUGGAGCAGGUCUCUGCGGGAUCACAAGCGGAAACACACGGGCGAGAAGCCAUUCAAAUGUGAUGUCUGCCCCGCGGCGUUCAACUGGAGCGGGCUUCUACGGGAUCACAAGCGGACACACACUGGGGAGAAGCCAUACAAGUGUGAUGUCUGCCCUGCCAAGUUCAGCAGCAAUGGGCUUCUAUGGAACCACAAGCGGGCGCACACAGGCGAGAAGCCAUUCAAAUGCGAUGUCUGCCCCGCAAAGUUCAAGCGCCGUGGAGGUCUACAGGAGCACAAGCGGACACACACUGGGGAGAAGCCAUACAAGUGUGAUGUCUGCCCUGCAGCGUUCAUCCGGAACGGACUUCUACGAGAUCACAAGUGGACACACACAAGCGAGAAGCCAUUCAAAUGCGAUAUCUGUCCUGCAGUGUUCAACCGGAGCGGAGGUCUACGUGAUCACAAGUACACACACACGGGUAAAAAGUCAUUCAAGUGCGAUAUCUGUCCCGCAGCGUUCAAUCGGAGUAAGCGUCUACUGGUUCACAAGCGGACACACACUGGGGAGAAACCAUACAAGUGUGAUGUCUGCCCUGCGAAGUUCAGCCAGGUCUGGCAUCUACGGAAUCACAAGCGCACGCAUACGGGCGAGAAGCCAUUCAAGUGCGAUGUCUGCCCUGCUGAGUUCCGCCAGAGAGCCAGUCUACGGGUCCACAAGCUGACACACACGGGAGAGAAGCCAUACAAGUGCGAUAUUUGUCCUGCAGAGUUCUUUCGGAGUGAUCGACUGCAAUACCACAAGCAGACACAUACGGGUGAGAAGCCAUACAAGUGCGACCAUUGUCCUGCACAGUUCAGGCGGAGGGAUCAGCUGCAAUAUCACAAGCGGAAGUACAUGGGUGAGAAGCCAUUCAAGUGCGAUGUUUGCCCUGUGGAGUUCAGCCUGUGGAAGUCCUUGAAGUGUCACAAGCGGACACACAUGGGGGAGAAGCCGUUCAAGUGCAAUACCUGCACUGCUGAGUGCAACCAUGGUGGGCACCUACAGUGUGACAAGCGAGCCAACACGGACGAGAAGCCGUACAAGUGCGAUGUCAGCCCUGAUGGGUUCAGCGAGAGCUGAACGCUGCAGGACACCUCUGCAGGCGUCUGACCCCUGCAGCGUCACAAGCAGAAACAAGCGUUCACACACAGCACAAACUUGAGGUGUCACACAAGUGCCAUCUCCACCUUGCAGACACAGCGUGGAGCAAGAAGCUAUACAGAAACGUUGUCUGUUCUGCAAACUUGAGGUGGAGCACAAACCUGCAACUUUACAAACGGGCGUUCGUGGACAUAAAGCCAUACAACUUCGAGGUGUGCGCAUAUUCGAAAUUUUCGGCUACGAAUCGAAUAUGCGCUAUAUGCAGUCGACACGCGUUAAUAUGACACUCGUUAGUAUGACAUCCUCACUUUAUGACCAAUUUUCUGGGGGCAUCGUUUGUUCCCAAUGGAGGUCCUGUGUAAAGCCUGUUGUUAUUAUAACAACUCGAUAAUCCGACUAUGACCAACAUUUCCUGGAUGAACUGGGGAGAACACGUGUAUUCCUCCCCCUUAUUGUGACCGUCCACCACAGACCGAGUCAUCCUCCUGACCAAAAAAGUCCAGCGGCUGAGGGAUGACCUGUGCGUGGUUUGUAUUCGCCAUCGCCCGUGCAACUGAGUCACGGGAAAAGCUACACAUUGACAGCUUUCCAAGCAGACGCUUUUAGCGGAUUUUUUUCGUCAACAAAUUGUAAAUAAAUUUUCAGGUUGCAAAUAAUAAAUUGUGCAGGUAAAAUAAAAUCAAUUUAAUUGCAAUA